CGCUCCACUCCGCCGUUCACCAUACACACACACGCGCGCGCGUGCACAAGCACAUUUACUCACACACACACACACACACACACACACACACACACACACACACACACACACACACACACACACACACACACACACGCACUCAGCCAGCCUACAUGAGACCACGUUCACAGGCGGCAGGGCGGCGGUGGGGAUGAAUGCGGGGAUUGGACCCCGUGACAGCAGAAGAACCCACGACCAGGGACAUCAUGGAGUAAUGACAUCACUGCAAAACUUUUUUCUUGCACGGAAUACAACAGCAGAGGGGGCGCUUUUGCGCGUCGCUAACUUUUGUGUAGUUGUCAUCCGUCCGUGUUGAAGCCCAUGACCGAUGUCCGUCCUCUCGUCACGGGGAUGUAGCGUCCGCGGGAGGACGCCAGCUUUUCCCACGACCCAUUUUGCUGUCCUUUACACGCCCGUUUAUUUGUUUUAACCACGUGGUCCGGGCCCGGCGUCCUCUGUGCGGUGUCAGUCAGAUCUGGCAGCACUGUCGUCCGUCCCACCACGUAAGCCUACCACCAUUUCGCCGGCGACCGGCCAUGGGAGCCAAGCAGAGCGGUCCUGCGACCAACGGACGCACCAGAGCCUACUCCGGCUCGGAUCUGCCCUCGAACACAAGCAGCGGACACAGCAGGGCGGCCGCCGCCCUUGGAACGCGGUACCACGCGUACAGUGGGACCCCCUCCGCGCACCACGGGACGCACGGUGCGCACGGGGCGACGUCGAGUGGCGCGAGUCCACAGCACAACGGACCUAGCUCGAGAUCGACCGGUGGGGGGCGCAGCACGGGGGCUUCGGCGACGAGGACCCAGUCUGGAAUUAACAUCCCGAACAGCCGCGGGGGAGCCCACCGUUCUCACGAGUCUGCGGGCAGCACCCCAGACGAGACGGCGGGGGAGCGUGAGAGGUCAAAUGGAGGUCACGGGGGACCCCGGUUGUUGGUAGGGUCGUUGCCGGCCCAUCUCUCGCCUCACUUAUUCGGAGGUUUCCAGUGUCCUGUGUGCUCCAAGUUUGUCUCCACAGAUGAGAUGGACUUGCACCUUGUCAUGUGUCUCACCAAACCCCGAAUCACUUAUAACGAGGACGUCCUGAACAAGGCUGCAGGGGAGUGUGCGAUAUGCCUGGAUGACCUGACCCAAGGGGAGACCAUAGCCCGUCUGCCUUGCCUCUGUAUCUAUCAUAAAGGUUGCAUCGAUGAGUGGUUCGAAGUAAACAGGUCGUGUCCUGAGCACCCUUCAGAAUAAAAGCGCAUGGCAUUUUUUUUGCACAGGUAAACGAAGAUCCCCACUUCCACUCAUAAUCGGACGGCUCACAAGAGGCGGAUCUCAAGAGGUGGAUCACAAGGGCACGAUCACAAGAGGACGAUCACAGGAGGUGAUCACAACAUGUGUGAACCUUGGGUCUUGCAAGCCCUCAGCCGGUGUCCCUAAGACUGCUUCUACACUUUCACCCCCCCCCCCCCCCAGCCCCCCCCCCCCCCCCCCAAUCAUGUGCCAAACCUCAUCAAUGCAAUAUUAUCAGGGAUUCACCAUUUUUAACGUUGAUCUUGCAACACGUCCAUGUGUAGUGUCUCGCCUCCAGCCUCUCCUGCCACCCCCCCCCCCCCUCUCCCCCCAACAUAUACACACACACACAACUCCACACACACUUCUACAAGCCCUGCUCCCCAUGCCGCUCCAGCAUCCUGAAGAGCCAGACGCAGGGUGUCCGAGCGCCUUGUGCUCAACUGAACACCGUUGGACAUCUCCCCCCCCCCCAUGUGUUUGUAUCGCCGAGGAUCAGCUGCAAGGAACACCUGUAGGUCGUGUGGGCGGCCGCCUCUCACAACAUCCCACAUCCUCUCAAACUCUCUGAUUGUGGAAACUUGAGACUGUCGGCAAAGGAGGAGAUCGAUGCAAGAUGGAAGAAAUCUCCUUUGCUUCCUCCGCCUCCUGCACCUCCUUCCCUCCUCCUUCUCCUCCUCCUUCUCCUCCUCCUUCUCUCCUCCUCCCCCUGGCAUGCUGCCGGGGGGUCUACCAGUGCCUUUUGUUUUUCUUUAAAGACUAACAGUAAGACUGGGGAGGAGGAGGAGGAGGAGGAGGAGGAGGAGGAGGAGGAGGAAGAGAAGCAAGAGGAGAAAGUGUUGGGGACAUGGAAAUACGAUGGAUCGAUGGUGCUGCUGGCCUAUGAAUGUGACCAUACAGAACUGUGUGAUUGGCCCGGGGCACCAGAACUCAACGUACUGUAAAAGGUACCUUUUGGUCGCGCAAUAUAAUAUAAUGUUGAGUCCUCAAUCUGAGCCCUUCAUCUCUUCUUCUUUAUUCCUGCUAGGGAAAAAUGUGAACUGAAUGAGAAUGUCACUUUUUUGAAUAGGUUUGUCUGUUUCCUGUAGCAUUAUGUUUGGGUCGUUCAAGGGUAUGGGGGGGACGGGGGGGGGGGGGGGGACUGCUACCCCCUACCCCAGACUACCUUUGUCUGUGUAACGGCAGCACUAGUGUUUACCAGUGUCUCUCCCACCUUCAUCCCACCACUCCCGUAGUACAUCAUGUUUUUGCUGUUUUCUAAUUGACUAUUUAUCAUGAUUUAUACAUCAGGUACGACUGAGCCCCCCCCCCCCCCCCCCCCCCCCCCCCCCCAUCUAUUUUACUUCAAAGGGAUUUUUACAUCAAAGGGACACGUAAGAUGAUUUGCUCAGCAUUUAACUACAGCAAAACAUAAACAAAUUACAAAAAAGGGCAGGAUUAGGAAACCGUUUUCUGAUCCCAAAGACAUAGACUGUGUGUGCGUGUAAGUUUGGCGCGCUUGCAUAUGUGUGUGUGUGUGUCCAUCUCCGCUUUGAGUGUUUGUUAUAUCUUUAAAAGCCUUGGAAUAGUCCUCCUUGAAGGAUUCUACAGCCUUUUCAGAACAUGCUGCUGAAGAAGUAAAUAUCUAUAGAUUAUCUGCCUAAAAAUAAAUACAAAAAAGAUUUCAUUACCAACGUAAGGUAUUGGGUCAGAACUGUGAUAAGCUUAUGAUGGACUUCAUUCAGUGGCAUUUCUUCUGGUAGCCCAAUGCCACAUUGUUUGUUAAUGGAAACUACUGGUUGAAUUUAGUAAAAGAAAGUAUUGUUCAUAAUAAUAUUAUUAUUAUUAAUAAUAAUAAGGUUAUGCCAUUGCUGAAACAUGUUUGACAUUACCUAGCCCACCUGUAGUUCUGAAUGUGAAAAAUGCAUUUAUACGCAAAUGCUAAACCCUAACAAAGACAAAAGUACACUCCUGUUCAUUAAGCAUAUGUGCCUGGUGAAAUGUCCUCUAUUUUCACAACAUCACAAAGGAAAUAAUUUCAUUCACAACUUAUUUACUUAAGAUUGGACUCAAGACGGGCAUAUUAUAUAUAUAUAUAUAUAUAUAAUAUACGGCAAGUCCCUCUGUUGAACUGGGUUGAAAAAAUAAAAGCCUUACCUGUACAAUAUUAUUAGCAAAGCACCUUUAAGCAGUGUAGUUCUGUACAUCGUUGCAUUGCAUUUUACAUUUUUCAUUAUCACUUUUUUGCCACGUUUGCACACAUAUAAAAUACUGAAUUCAAUCACCAAACUAAACCAAUGAUAUGAAAAUACAUUUAUUUUGAAAAGUUUUCCCAAACCUUUGUAACAAAAGAACGUGGAGGUUUGUUUUGCUUGUUGUUUCCAGGAAGUCUGCAUCACUAUGUAGCAUUCUAUGUUAGCAUUCUAUGAUAGAAUUCAUUUAUGUUGUGAAUAUGUACAGAAAGCAAAUGUAAAAGAAAAAGCUAAUCUUUUCAAUAACCCAUUUCAAAUUCAAAGUUAUUGUCUCUGUGUGUUUCUGUGGGCAUGUGUUUGUGAAUGAAUGCCAAUUAUAAU